AGAGAGCGGGCGGGCGGGUGUGAAAGAGAGAAAACUAAGUUGCUAGGUAGUGACAACACCUGCAUUACCUGUUCUGGUCUGUCUCCACUCAGGUUCAGGCUUUCUUUUUUACUGAGAAGAAAUGGCAGAUUUCCCUGGUAAGGUCAGCACUCAGACCAGCUCUCAAGAACCUCAAAGAAGUUAUGGAAUACCAUCGAGUGUUGACAUGAACUUCAUUAAGGGCAUUCCUGGUAUUCUACUUUUGGCUGAGAUUGUUGUUGGAUUACUGGUUUGGUCGCUGAUCGCCAGUACUCCAUACUCCUCUGCAUCUGCUUAUGUCUGGGUCAUGCUUGUCAGCGUGUCUCUGUGGCUUUUGAGCAUCGCCCUGUUGGUUGUGCUAUCGCUGAGGUUUCAUCAGAGUCUACCCUCAAUACCCUGGCCUUUGGUGCUCAUGGUGUUUUACUCAGUCGCAGCUGUUCUAUACCUAACUGCCUUUUUGGCUAAUGCUGCAUCCGUUCCAAAUGGGUUUUACCAUGGUCAUCUGGGAACUUCUGCAUUCUUUGCCAUAGUGGUGACCCUGUUAUAUGCAGCAAGCAGCUACUUUGCCUAUUUGGGCUGGAGGGGUGAAGGGCAAAACGCAGCGGGGAGUACAGUGCCUGUGUAGACCACCCUCUGAUUAACACUGUCAUACUCCAUGUGAGGACACUUACAAGAGGAUAAUACUCAGAUGAUUUGGUAUUGCUGAAAAUCCUCUUCAGGAACGUCGGACAACCCUUCAGAAUAACGGUGCCCAGCAUAAUUGCUAGAUGGUUUGUAACAUGGACAAGGUUCUUGCAAUAUUGUACAGUUAUGCUUGAGAACGAAAUUGAUUCAUUGUUUUGAGAAUAAAAAUGUUUUGAUAAAAUACGAUUAAAGAAAUUUUUUAUUUA